UUUAUUUCCCUUUGGGAUUCUUGAUGUAUUUUUGAAUUGAAUUGAAGAACAACACCCGCUAUGUCAUUUAAAAAUACUAAAAGUCCACUUCUAUUGUUAGAUCGCAGCAGCAACACGCAUGCGCCAAACCUGUAUAUCCAGAAAGGUAAACUUCGCUGAAAUUGGGGCGUGUUAAAACGUCUAAUAACUUCAGGGAAUUGCAUUUUAUUGUAUUUACGGAAGGUACGUGGGUCUCUUUUGUGUGCAAAGGUUUCAGCUUGAAUCCGCGUGGCUUUCGCCGGCUUUCUGGUCAACUAAAUCCUGUUUUUGGAAUAUUGUGUUGAAGACGGAAGUGAGGGUUGUUUUUCCCAAUCAAGCCUCUGAUUUAACCCCGCGCAUGUAUGACAGUCACUGGAUGCUUGCUGACCUGUUUUAUGCACACCUAUGAUUUCCUACCGAAGAUAGCGAAGAGUUUUAAUCUUUCUUUGAGGUUUUGCGUCGGGAUGGCAGCAGCGGCAGAGGAGAGUGGCCGCCAGAGCCCCGAAAGCAGCUGCGGUAGCAGCCCCGGCUCCGUGCAGGCAGCGCCUCUGACAGCAGGUGAUGGUGAACCUGGGGAGGCCGAGGAGUUCACCUGCUCGUCCUACUGCUCGGAGCUCUCCCGGCGGCAGAACGAGCAGAGGAAGGCGGGGAUGUUCUGCGACCUGACCCUGGUCUUCAGCUCCAGGGACGCGUCCGGCGGGGAGAGGCUCCUAACCUUACCUGCACACCGCACGGUCCUGUCCGCCGCCUCGCAGUACUUCGAGCUGCUGCUGGGCGGACAGUUUUCAGAGUCUCAAACCGGGAGAGUCGAGCUGAGGGAGUGGAGUUCUGCGGCGGGGCCCGACCCAGAGACCGUGGAGGCUGUCAUACACUUCAUGUACACAGCAGAGGUCAGGGUGACCAGUGCAAAUGUGCAUGAUGUGCUGGAACUCGCUGACAGGUUCUUGUUGUGUCAGCUGAAAAGCUUCUGUGCAGAGUUCUUAGCGAAGAAGUUAAAUCUUUCCAACUGCGUAGCUGUGCACAGCCUGGCGCACAUGUACAGUCUGAACCAGCUUGCUCUGGAUGCUGCCGAGACGAUCAGAAGAAACUUCCACAGAGUUAUUUACAACGAGGAGUUCUACACACUACCGUUUCAUCUGGUGCGAGACUGGCUGUUGGACUCUGAAAUCACAGUGGACUCAGAGCAGGAGUUGUUUAAAGCGAUCGUGAAAUGGGUCCACCAAAACUUGGAGGAACGGCGGAGAUAUUUUGAAGAGCUGUUUAAGCUUGUAAGGCUUCCGCAGAUUGCUGCCACCGACUUGACGCGUGUGGUUAGAAAGGAGCCCUUAGUGGUGAACAGCGCAGAGUGUCAGCAGCUGGUGGUGAAUGCUCUGGAGUUUCACGCUGUUUGCUCUGAGAGCCUUAAGUUGGCUGACGUAGAUCCGUGUACCCCUUACAUGGCAGCCAUCCAUCCACGUCUUGGUCAGAACAUGGAUGUGAUCAUGGUGGUAGGUGGUGUAUCAGAGAGUGGAGAAUAUCUCAGCGAGUGCGUUGGCUACUUUGUCGCAGAGGAUCGUUGGGUCAAUCUGCCGCACAUACACAACCACCUCGACGGCCAUGCCAUCUCAGUUACCGAGGAUCACGUUUAUGUGGCGGGCUCCAUGGAACCUGGCUUUGCAAAGAUGGUGGAGCGCUACAACACAAACCUCAACAGUUGGGAGGAUGUUGGCAGCCUAACGACGCGAAAGCACUCCUUCGGUCUCACAUGCAUCAGGGAUGUGCUGUACGGCAUCGGGGGUCACGGUAACUUCAGUCCGGGUUUUAAGGAUGUCACCAUCUAUAAACCGGAGCAGGAUGAGUGGAUCAGCCUUGAGCCAGCGCCAAAGAUCCUGCGAGAUGUAAAAACAGUGAGCGUAGAAGAUCGCUAUGUGUAUGUGAUGGCCAGGACCCCUGAAGACAUAGACCAUGAUGAUGGACUGCGCACCGUGACGAUGUGUUAUGAUACAGAGAGUCACAGGUGGAGGGAAGUGCACUCUUUACCUCUGAUUGAUAACUACUGUAUCUUUCAAAUGGCCGUCUCGUCCACAACCUUCUACCACACCGCUUCCUGCUGCCCUAAAAGCUACAAGGUUACAUUUGAGGCUGCUCAGCAGACAGUAAGCAGAAACAUCCCGGAGGACAUCCUCGACAGCCUUCCCUCAGAGGUUCUCGGCAUGGAAGGAGCUGCCAUCUGCUUCCUGGGCGGCGAUGUCUUCAUUAUUGGGGGGUGGAGGAACAGCAGCAACUUGGACAAGCAGUACCGCAAGGAGGCAUACCGCUACUGCGCCAAGAAGAAGCGCUGGACGCUGCUGCCGCCCCUACCCCAGCCACGCUGCAGAGCAGCAGCGUGCCACGUACGCAUCCCAUACAGAUACCUUCAUGGCAACCAGUGCUAUCCCAUGCCGCAAAACUUGGCUCGCCAACGAGACCACAUGCAGCAGAUACAGCAGCUCCACCGACGCACACUCACCAUGCGGAGACAGAUGCACUCUCAGAUUGAAUGCUAAAGUAGGAUUAAAGAUUAGCACUUUAUCUGCAAAUAAAGUCUUCUUAUCCUAAUAAUAUCUUCCUUUUUUAUAAUAAUAGACGUGAAAGGUAUACCUCGAGCUAGCUUAGAAAUUAAGGAAAGUCACAGACUCAAGAUUUAAAGCAAAACAAAUAUCCAUUUGGAUUUAAUGAUCAAACAAUGAACUAUGGCUUACUCUGUUAUUUUGUUCCUUACUGUAACACUGCCUAUUAAUGUAACUGCUGGUGCUGGGAUGUUUAAAAAUCUUGUUAAAUAUUAACUUUUAGGAACAUUUAGUUUGGACAAACUUGGGAAAAUUCCCACUUUUAUUCUUUUAGGCCUAGCAUUUAGAUUUAAAGUUCAGAAACGUGCAGGAAGGCUGCUUUUAUUUUUUUGGAAAGGGUAGUAAUUAAAGAUGCCAUAUUGUAAUGCCUAUAAUACUACUAUGACUAAAAAUAUGUUAGAUCAUACAAAUAUAGUAAAAUAUAUAUCAAAUAAAAAAUAUGUUCAAACAAGUUUAUUACAGGUAUAAUAAAAAAAUUUUGGCAUCAACUUUUUUUACUGUAAUGAAAUUCAUUUUAACUGCAAUUUAAGUGUUUUUAUUCUAUAUACUUUUUUUUUUUACUUGGUUGAGAUAUCUCAUUGCUGAUUUGAAACCAGGGAUUACUUAGUGGAUGUCUCUUUAAUUAUUUUAACAGAUUAUAAAAUGCACCUUGCUAUUUCAGUGCCUGUUUAUGAAUUAUUUUUAAGUCUUUAAAUAGUUUCACUGCAACAAAAACUGUUGUGUGAAAAUUAAAUAUUACUAUGAAACCAAAAAAUAUAUAUUCUUGGAAGAUGAAGCUGUUCUUUCUGGUGUUUUUGUGUCAGGAUGCUGUCUGAUGAAUCGAGUCAAUUUAUGAAUUCUGAGCACUGUAUUAGCUUUUUUUGUUUUGUUUUAUGUGAUAAGUGUGCUUUGGAGGAAGUAAAAACUAAAUAAAAGUUGAAAUUAU